UAAUGACAGCUGUCAUUCACGUUUUUCAAUCGCGCUUCCCUUACGCGCCUCCUCCUCUCUUCCCCUCCCCUUAGCAACAGAGGCAAGAUGGCGGCGCCCAGUAACGCCGAGCUUUCUCCCGAUCUGUCACUGCCGCUCAAGAUUCCCAAAACCGAGGUUCCCUCUCCAAAAUCCGAGGAUUUGAGUGACAGCAACCAAUACCAUUCGGACCCCUCCACCCCUAACAGAUUCUCACCCCUGAACGUCGGGGUUCCGCUCUCCGGGUGCGCAGGCCGAAGUGGAUCGGCCUCUGCUUCCAGCUUCAUCGCCUGCCGAGGCAUGUCGUGGACGCCGUCCGAAACGAACGCGCUCAUUGCCGUGUGGGGCAAUGAGAGGCUGGCGGAGGCGCGGAUGCAACAGCUGGAGGUGGCCGGAACAGUGUUUUCUGGCAAGGCGCCGGGUCCGGCGAUGUACGAGCGGGUGUCCAGAUCGCUGUCAGAGCUGGGUUAUGAUAGGACCCCAUCCCAGUGUCGAGAGAGGAUGAAGACACUGAGACGGUGUUACAGUCGGGUGAAGGAGCACGGCAUCGGGAAGAGGAAGAGCAGUUACUCCAUAGAGCAGCUGGAGAAGGUGUUCGGACAGGGCGGCUGGGACUCCCAGACCUGUCAGCCUGUGUUGAUCAAUAGCAGCGGCCUGUAUCAGGAGAUGGAAUCAGAUGGCAGCACGAUGGAGGAUUACUCUCAUGAAGACUGGUGCAAUCAGGACCUUUCUACUGCCUUCAAUGGAGGAGACAUAGAGACAGAGAACCAGCUUCCAAAGACCCGAGUUUUUCAGAUAAGACUGGAGUCAUCUGAGCAGGCCCAACGACAAGAAGUAAUGCAGAACGUUAUGCGUAUCUUGGAGUCAGUAGAGGUCAAAUGGGAGCACUUCCAGACAUGGACCGAUUUCUCCCGUCUCCACCUGUCGAAUAAGCUGGCCAUCUUCGGAGUGGGCUACAACACGAGGUGGCGAGAGGAGAUCCGCUACCACUACGCAGAGAUAAGCUCCCAGGUGCCACUGGGAAAACGUCUACGGGAAUACUUUAACCCUGAGAAGGCAGAGGGCAGGGUUAUCAUGACCAAGGUGCAGAAGAUGAACUGGAAAAAUGUGUAUUAUAAAUUUCUUGACAUAACUAUUAGUGAAGCUCGCUGUUUGGAACUGCAUAUGGAUGUUGAUUGGAUACCUAUUGCACAUACAAAGGCUGCAGGUUCCAGUAACGGUUCCCAGUACCUCUUGCCGGGGGGCAUCCCAAAGACAUAUGGCUUAUAUGCGAUAGGCUACGAGGAGACGUGCGUGUCCAAUUCGACUAACACAGAGGACAAAUCCUCCUCCUCCUCACAGGAGGACGAGGAGGUGGUGGACUAUUGUGACGGUGAGAAAAAAGGUGAGAGAACGUCAGCCAAAGUCACUUAUUGUUACCUCGGCCUUGCAGAGGAGAAGACACUACAGCAAUGUCUGUUUCAGCACUUUCAGAAUUCUGGGAAACACUACAGUCGGGGAGAGCCUUCAGCCAUAACCACAUUCCUGCAGAAAAACUUUUCCAGCCAGGACAGGGAAGGUAACCAAGCUGGAUUACCCAUCUACAUAAAGUUUAUCGAGGUGGAGCUGGACUUCCUCUCGGCCGGAUCUUUAAUUGAAUGUUUAGAGACUGCGAUUGGUUAUUCGUUAAAAUUCAACAAGAAGGAAGCACUGUAAUGGUUACAUUUGCCAAUAAGCUAUUUUAAAGCCAGGAUAUUAAAACAGAAUUGUUUUAAGAUAAGUAUUUAUGUGGUAUGUUGGGCACACUCUCGAUGAAGCAUCGGGAAAAUUAAGUCUGUUUAUUUCCAAACUGCCUUGAUUUUAUUCUCUUCAGCCAAUAAAACCGAUUCAAAGCAGGAACUGUGCGAGUUCAUAAGAAUAUGAAUCGUCAAGAUAUUUAAUUACUCUAAGUAUAAAGUCUAUCUAUAGAAGUAUAUAUAUAUAUUUAAAAGUAUAUAUUGAUAUUGUCAAGCAUUCCAGCAUUUUCAGAAAUAACAUUCAAAGAAUGUUUUCAUAUACAGUUUACUGAUAUUUGGUUUUAUUUGUGAGAUCACACAGUGUCUUUAUGUAUGAUUGUUUCCAGGUCACAGUCGUGUUUACAUGUUUGGAAGGACAAAAAAUAAAUUAUUGAAAUGAACAUUCAUUUGCCAUUUGCAAAUGAUGCACAUACUGGCA